AUGUUCGUCGCGUGCGAUACUCAAUCCGUAGCACCGUGAACGACUACGCGAAACGUUUCUUAUUUUGAAAUUGGUGAAACGUUCGAGGUUGUAAACAAAACAGCAAAGCACGAAUCGUUGUUUAGAAGCCGAAAAGAUCGGUUUUGUGCUGUCGAGAUGUCAGAGUUUUUUCGUAAGCUGCUCGAAAAACAAGCCGAAACAGAGAGUACAGUUACCGUGCGGAACAAGUACGAAUGGUUCGAGGAUGGUUUCAUUUUCUGGUUCGAGCCGUACUUUGAAUACCUGCCAUACGAAGUCAUGGUGGAGUUGUUGAAGUACCUCAACGCAAGUGAUCGCAAUGCAAUGGCACAAGCUUGCAAAGGAUUCUAUGAGGGCCUGAAACACCCGUACUUUUUGCGCUCAACGUGCCUUCACAUUCAUGAAAUAGAGUUCGAAGACAACGUCGAGCCGGUGCGUAGUCUUCUAACUGCAUUCCGAUUCUUCCCAAACGUCAAACUCACCAAGAUCACAUUCGGAAAUCGCAGCGACUUUUGGGCUGAGUUCGGUGAGUCUAUUGAAGAACUAACCUUCGAUAACUGCGUCAUGUGGAAACAGAAAUUACUGUCAAUCCUCCGAUAUACAUAUCGAUUGAAGCGCUUGACCAUCGAAGACUGUCCGGAUUUGUUCCGAUCGUGGAAGAUUAUUGAAAACGUUACGGUUAUGCUGUGUCCGACGCUACCGCAGCUACGUCACAUCGGACUUGCCGGCAAUAACAAACUCGAGGAGCAUCAUUUCGAUUUUAUCGUGGGCAUGGCGCCAAAGCUCGAAUCGCUAGACGUGUCCAACUGUUUCAAGGGGAUCGACGCCGCACAUCGCUUUAAAAUGCUAGGGCACGUGCUUCGCUUCUUGACGGAUCAUCAGCAUGAUAUCCGUCACUUUUUCAUUGGCGAUACGCCAAUCGAUAAUCUGUUCUUGCGUCACUUGGCCGAUAUCAAGGGACUUCGGCUGAGCAGUUUGAGCUUGAUGGUGUGCGACAAGGUGCCAUCAACCGAGGCGGGGAUCAUUGACUUGAUACGGCUGCAGACGAACUUGACGUAUCUGGACUUGUCAAAAUCGUUGGAGUUGCAUGAUUCAUGCUUGAUAGAGAUAUGCAAGUGUAUGCCCAUGCUGGAGACAUUGAUCCUGAAUCGUUGCUGGAUGAUCACGGAUUAUGGGAUACUGGCGAUCAAGAAGUUGAACAGAUUGAAGCAUAUCGAUUUGACAAAUUGCGAUAGGAUUAGCGAUACAGGUAUUAUGGGAGGAUUGCUGACGCAUAAUCGGCAACGACGGUUGAGAAAGUUAUAUCUAGGAUUGUUGACGAACAUUGGGGAGGUAGUUUUUACGAAGAUCUCUUUCGAGUUGAAUAAUCUAACAGUAUUGGACCUUGGGGGAUGUUCGAACUGCAUCAACGAUCGAUCCAUCCAGUAUAUUUUCUAUCAUAUGACGGGGUUACAGGAACUGAAUUUAGACUGCUGCGCAAAACUUACGGAUGCGGGAAUUACAGGAAUUGACCUACCGGAGUGUGCCAUCUCCAUCUGGGAUAUUCAGAUGACUUUUUCCAUCUCAGAUCUUAAAAGGCUUCGCAUUCUCAACCUAUCUGGGUGUUAUCGAGUAACGGAUCACUCAUUAAGGACCAAGUUCCAGCUUCAAGAGUUGAAGGAGCUGAUUUUGAAUCGGUUGCAGAUAUCGGAUCUCGGCGUGGAGAUGCUUGCCGUCAACUGUCCUUCCCUUGAGAUUAUCGAUUUUAGUGAGUGUCAAAACGUAAACGAUCGUUGCGUGGAAAUCAUAUCCAAGAAUUGCACCCGCAUAACCACUCUUAAAUUGCAAAACUGUUCGGAAAUCACCGAUGAGGCCAUGGACCACCUGAUCAAACAUUGUACCACAUUGAAGCACUUGAACAUCCGAGGUUGCUACAAAAUCUCAGCCGAGGCCGAAGCUCGCCUGGUCACCAUCAGAACACUAAGACACGUACUGUCCAACGAGCGGGAAGAAAUCGCUUCCGACGGCAAAUAACCGCUGAACGGUAGACUACACCGAUCGAAUGCAAAGAUAUGUAAAACAAAAAAAAAAACCAAGGUAAAAUUUGUUGAAAGAAAACAGAACCGAAAACGCCGGAGAUGCGUGCAAUAAAAUUAUU